AAGAGCAUGGACGAAUAUCUGCACAACGUGCGGAGCCAAUUCGAGGCUCCGCUACAUAUUGAUCGACUGCUGGAGAUUUCAAAACAGCUACAACAAGAAUGUAGAGAUCGAUUGCAGGCUUCGGACAUCUCCAUGCUUCCCUCAUAUCAGCGGAGUCUUCCUACAGGAGAGGAACGGGGAGACUUUCUCGCAUUGGAUGUCGGUGGUUCGACGUUCAGAAUAGCUCUCAUCAGAUUGGCUGGAAAGACGAAAGCAGAGCACAGCUCUACUUGCUCUGCCACACACACCCCAGACACACCAUGUCGCUCCGACAGUCUUCAGAUCCGCCGGAUACGAACGUUCACUAUUGAUGAGACGGUACGGCGUCUCCGUGGCGAAGCAUUCUUUGACUGGAUGGCCGAUCGCAUUGGCGAUAUGCUUCAUGAGUACAACCAUAUCCGGGGCACCUCCAAUGCUCAUCUCCCAAUGGGUCUUGCUUGGUCCUUUCCAAUCGAGCAGACCUCUCCUCAUUCCGGCCGGCUACUCGCAAUGGGUAAAGGCUUCCUCGCAACGCACGGCGUCGAGAACCAAGAUCUUUCCUCCCUCAUCAUGCGAUCUUGCCGCGCGAAGAAGCUCAACGUCGAAAUGCGUGCAAUCGUCAACGACUCUGCCGCAACACUCCUCGCACAAUCAUACCGCGAUUCUUCAGUCCGUAUGUCGCUCAUCCUCGGAACAGGCACAAACGCAGCUGUCUAUCUCCCGGUAUCCUCCCUUCAUCCGUCUAAAUUCGGCGACCGCCCUGAAUCCUGGUUCUCAGACACUACCCAUGUCCUCGUCAACACCGAGCUUUCCAUGCUCGGUAAACGCUCAUUACCACGAACACACUGGGACGACCAGCUCAAUGCUUCACAUCCUUUGCCGGACUUCCAACCACUAGAAUACCUCAUCACAGGCCGCUAUCUUGCAGAGAUCUUUCGUCUUGUUCUCCUCGAGGCGGAGGGGUCAAUAGUGGACUUCUUCUCGCUACCUCCUGCCUGGCGGACGACACCCUACUCAGUCGACGCCUCACUUCUUGCGAUCUUCGAAGCAGACACAACGCCCACGCUAUCCCUGUCCCGAGCCGCGAUACUUCCUCACUACCCGCCCGACUCAAAAACCCAAAUAUUGGCACCCGAUCUGUCCUUUCUCCGUUCCAUCGCACAAUCCAUCACCUGCCGGGCAUCGACAUAUCUUGCGACUGCCCUGCACGCUCUUUGGGUUGUGCGUUGUGAAGCUGAAGGCCUGAGACCUACUACGGACCAGAGUCGGGUCAGUGUGGCGUGUGCGGGCAGCAUCGUUGAAAAGUACCCCGGAUACAGGCAGCGGGCUCAGCGGGUAUUGGACGAGCUCUGUGGAGUCGGCGAAUGCGAGGAGGGCUACGUGAGAUUGGGGUGUUCCGGGGAGAGCAGUGUCGUUGGGGCGGCUGUUGCUGUC